GCAUUGGGUCUCUUCACACUUCUGUUGCAUGUCAAAAACAAGGACCUAGUACAAUUGAGCCUGCUUAAUUCUCACUUUCACAAUGCUAUCCCGAAACUCAUCUCGAGCUCUGAGCUCUCUCUUCUCAUCCACAACCCAUGCUGUGCACACCCCGGCAGUAGUAUCUCCGGCAGCAAUCCCAUCAUUCAACCGCGCAAUAUCAAGAGCACCUUCGUCCCGUGCGCCCCAAACACCCUUCGCCCGUGCUUUUCACUAUGCGCCUACAUUGCACAAGGGCAUCACGCCUGGUUCAUCGGACCCCGCGCCCCCGAGCCCCGAACCUAACAAUCUCGGCGGAGUGUCGCCCCAUGUCGUGGAACCUUCGCCAUUAUCGGAUGCGAAAUACCAUGAAUACUCAGAGCAUUAUUUCAAUGUACUGCUCACAGAGCUAGAAGAGGCACAGGAACAAGGAUCGGAAACAGAGGCGGAGUACAGUGCCGGCGUGCUCAACGUCACCGUUCCUGGGAUCGGAACAUACGUCCUGAAUAAACAGCCCCCCAACAAGCAAAUAUGGCUGAGCUCCCCCAUCUCCGGCCCCAAGCGCUACGACUGGGUUGUGCAAGGCGACUCAAUGACCGAGAAGGAAGGGACAAGAGAAAACAUUGGCGGACAGUGGAUCUAUCUUCGGGAUGGCUCGAAUCUGACGACUUUACUGAAUAAAGAACUUGGCCUGGAACUGGAUUACGAUCUCUACGAGAAAAGCAAGGCUUAG